AUGACACUGACGCAGAAGGAGGAACCCUGUGAUGACACUGACGCAGAAGAGGAGGAACCCUGUGAUGACACUGACGCAGAAGAGGAGGAACCCUGUGAUGACACUGACGCAGAAGAGGAGGAAGCCUGUGAUGACACUGACGCAGAAGAGGAGGAACCCUGUGAUGACACUGACGCAGAAGAGGAGGAACCCUGUGAUGACACUGACGCAGAAGAGGAGGAAGCCUGUGAUGACACUGACGCAGAAGAGGAGGAAGCCUGUGAUGACACUGACGCAGAAGAGGAGGAAGCCUGUGAUGACACUGACGCAGAAGAGGAGGAAGCCUGUGAUGACACUGACGCAGAAGAGGAGGAAGCCUGUGAUGACACUGACGCAGAAGAGGAGGAACCCUGUGAUGACACUGACGCAGAAGAGGAGGAACCCUGUGAUGACACUGACGCAGAAGAGGAGGAAGCCUGUGAUGACACUGACGCAGAAGAGGAGGAAGCCUGUGAUGACACUGACGCAGAAGAGGAGGAACCCUGUGAUGACACUGACGCAGAAGAGGAGGAAGCCUGUGAUGACACUGACGCAGAAGAGGAGGAAGCCUGUGAUGACACUGACGCAGAAGAGGAGGAAGCCUGUGAUGACACUGACGCAGAAGAGGAGGAAGCCUGUGAUGACACUGACGCAGAAGAGGAGGAAGCCUGUGAUGACACUGACGCAGAAGAGGAGGAACCCUGUGAUGACACUGACGCAGAAGAGGAGGAAGCCUGUGAUGACACUGACGCAGAAGAGGAGGAAGCCUGUGAUGACACUGACGCAGAAGAGGAGGAAGCCUCCCCCGAGCUAGCAUGUGGCAGAAGCAGGGCCCCGCCGGAGAAUGAGGAACUGACCCGUGGCAACGCGCAGGAGAGGGAUAAUAUAGAGGAAAGGAUAUAAAGCAAGGAUAAUAUAGAGGAAAGCAUAUAAAGCAAGGAAAAUAUAGGAAAGGACAUAAAGCAAGGAUAAUAUCGAGGAAAGAAUGUAAAGAAAGUAUAAUGCGAGGGGUUGCGCCAGUCUAGUUUUAUCGACAAAGAAAUCGGCUGUAAGGACACAAACAAAGGACAAAAGUUUAGUUUAAUCGACAAAGGAAUCAACUUUUAGGAAACAAACAAAGGAAAAGUUUAGGUUUAUCGACAAAGGAAGCAACUUUUAGAAACAAAGGAAACGUUUAGGUUUAUCAACAAAGGAAGCAACUUUUAGAAACAAAGGAAACGUUUAGGUUUAUCAACAAAGGAAGCAACUUUUAGAAACAAAGGAAAAGUUUAGGUUUAUCAACAAAGGAAGCAACUUUUAGAAACAAAGGAAACGUUUAGGUUUAUCAACAAAGGAAGCAACUUUUAGAAACAAAGGAAACGUUUAGGUUUAUCGACAAAGGAAGCAACUUUUAGAAACAAAGGAAACGUUUAGGUUUAUCGACAAAGGAAGCAACUUUUAGAAACAAAGGAAAAGUUUAGGUUUAUCGACAAAGGAAGCAACUUUUAGAAACAAAGGAAACGUUUAGGUUUAUCAACAAAGGAAGCAACUUUUAGAAACAAAGGAAACGUUUAGGUUUAUCGACAAAGGAAGCAACUUUUAGAAACAAAGGAAACGUUUAGGUUUAUCAACAAAGGAAGCAACUUUUAGAAACAAAGGAAAAGUUUAGGUUUAUCAACAAAGGAAGCAACUUUUAGAAACAAAGGAAACGUUUAGGUUUAUCAACAAAGGAAGCAACUUUUAGAAACAAAGGAAACGUUUAGGUUUAUCGACAAAGGAAGCAACUUUUAGAAACAAAGGAAAAGUUUAGGUUUAUCAACAAAGGAAGCAACUUUUAGAAACAAAGGAAACGUUUAGG